AUGACUUCUUGGCGAGUUCUUUCGACUAUUAGUGGCGCAGAAGACAGUAAUCUCUCGGCGAGUGCAAGAGCAUCAAUCACGUUGGAGGGAGUGCUAGAUGGAAAAGAAAAAACGAGUGUGCUCAAGGGCAAUCUGGACUUGCUUGUAUUGGAAGAAGAUACAAACGGAAAGGAGUUCUUGCUUCGUUGCUUAUGCGUCAUCAAGGAUGAUGUAAACCACAACCCUCCUCUCUCGUGGGAUGUUCCUUUGCCGGAGGGCAAAUGGCGGGUCAGUCAAGCUGCCGUUCGACACAGUCGCAAUGGAAACCAUUCGGCUCUUACUUUCAACAUCCAAUUUCAUGGUCCUCUCCAACGGAUCAAGUUUCUUCUUCCAAUCAUAGAUGGCAAUGAUACUCAGCAGCAGCUCUUUUUCAGUGGUGUACAGUACGCGAACAUGAUGCACGGCGUUCAGAGUUAA